AUGCUCUCCUCACCCACUGUGAUUCUCCAGCCUUAUGGACUCCCUGUCUACCCACAGACAACCACAUGCUACCCCAGCAUGGUUCAGGGAGGUCCCUCUCAGGAGGCCGGCCCGGGCAGCGGUGACCCCGGCCUGUCUCAGGUCUACGCCCCUCCACCCUCCUAUCCACCGCCUGGUCAAGGUCCACCAACAUCUGCAGGCAGAAUGCCACCUCUUGAUUUUACCUCUGCACACCACGGUUCAGAGUACCCCGAACAUCCCCAGCUCAGAGUGUAUCAGGGCCCUCAGCUGGACGGGUCGGAGGCUCUCACAUCCAGCAACACGGAGGACGUUUUGGCCCCUUUGACCUCUGACCCCCAGUCGCUGACCGUGUCGGUCUCAUCAGGGGGCGGAGCAGGAAGUGGAAGUGAUGACGAGGGGUCAAGUAAGGCCCAACCGAAACGCCUCCAUGUCUCCAACAUCCCGUUCCGCUUCAGAGACCCAGACCUCCGCCAAAUGUUUGGGCAAUUUGGGAAGAUCCUCGAUGUAGAAAUAAUCUUCAAUGAGAGGGGGUCCAAGGGCUUCGGAUUUGUCACCUUCGAGAGUGCGGGUGAGGCUGACCGAGCAAGAGAAAAGCUGAAUGGGACGAUUGUGGAGGGGAGAAAGAUUGAGGUUAAUAAUGCCACCGCAAGAGUAGUUACCAAGAAGCCCCAGACGCCUCUUGUGAAUGCUGAAAUUUCAACUUCUGGAUGGAAGAUCAACCCUGUCAUGGGGGCGAUGUACGCACCUGAACUCUAUACAGUUGCCAGUUUCCCGUAUCCCGUAGCAACUCCCACCUUGGCCUACCGGGGCUCUGCGCUGCGGGGUCGAGGCAGAGCCGUCUACAACACUAUCCGCUCUGCUGCAGCUACACCUGCUGCUAUGCCCGCCUACCCUGGGAUGGUAUAUCAGGAUGGACUGUAUGGAGCAGAAGUCUAUGGUAGCUAUCCUGCAGCUUACAGAAUGGCUCAAUCAGCAUCUGCUGCCACGGCAACCUACAGUGACGGAUACGGACGCAUUUACACGACAGCUGCGGAUCCCUAUCACCACUCAGUUGGACCAACGACGACAUAUGGAGUUGGUACAAUGGCCAGUUUGUACAGAGGAGGAUACAACCGCUUCACCCCGUACUGAACCACCCCCCUCGGAGGGCAGACGUCUCUUUUGAACUCUG